AAUUAAUCACGUUUUGUAUGCCAGCUUAUAGUGGAUAUUUUAAGUUUCGUAGUUAAGCUCCUUUCGUAGUGCACUUUAAAGCCAAAAAAAAAGCCAAUGUAAAUCGUAGAUUCUUGAACCAUCGAUUUCACUUUGUCAUUUGCUGAUAUUUUUUAGUACGUACAUAGUUGGAUCACUGAAAAAUCAACAAAAUUACAAAUUGUAUAGACUGGAUUUUUGGAUUUUUUUUUGUUCAAAUUUCUCUUCCUUUUUCAAUCGCUGUGUUUGUUGUGCAUCCCAGAUCUUAAUUUUCCCGUAACCUCAUCCAUUUUUUAACUGACCAAAUCGUGUUUCAUUUAACCCAUUCAAAAACGCGGCAUUGCAGCCUGAACUGAUCUAAAAUUGAGAAACGAAUCUUUACGCAUCAACGCCAAAAACAAAACACCAAUUCGAUUAAUAGUUAAAUAGGUCUAUAUACAACAAAACGAGAAAUAGUUAUCAACAAAAUAUCCUAUUUAGAAAGAAAUUAUUCAAUUACAAUCUUUAACCGAACAGCACAAAUAUAUGCUUUAAUUCGAAAUUUAUAUUAUAAACAGAAUAACAAAAGCGAAAGUAUAUAAACAUUUAUCAAACUAUUUUAAAUAGAAAUCAAAUUCAUAACCAAUUUGUAAGCGCUGCCUAAAAAAAUUAAAACUUAAUCAAACUAAAAUAGCCUUAAAAACGAUAUAGUAAACAAUUAUACACCAAAACAAAAAACAAGCAAAUGAAUGUGCAACUGAAUAACAUAAAUAGAAUUCAACAAAAUUUAACGAAAUUAUCAACGACAACAAAAACAACACAUAUGUGCCUCAAACAAAAAGCAACAACAAUCAAUUAAGCCAAACAAAUAACAAAAUGGAAAAUUAUUGAAAAAUAUACCAAACGGAAAAAUUAAUAAAAGUGUGUGCUGUUUGAAAAAGCGACCAAAAAUUACAUUUAUUGGAUUAUCAAUAAAAGCAAAAAUAAAAUAUUAUUUAAUUAAUUAAUUAUCUAUGAGGAGCAACAACAACUCCUACAGCAGCAGCAACAAAUCCAGCAAAAACAACAACGUCAAUAUGGCUGUUGACCUAUCCCUUUCAACAACAACAAUUGCCAAUUGCAAUAGCAACAUUAGCCACAAUAAUAACAACAAUGCGAAUAGCAAAAGCAGCGCAGCAGCAGCGACGCUAGCAGUGACGUCGACGUCAUCAGCGGUGGGCAUCUGUCGUCUUGAAAGCUCAAAGUACAGCAGUUCAAAGCGCGACUACGAACGCGAUCGUUCCUCCAAUUACCGCGAUCGCGACCUGUCGCCAGGCGCUGGCGGUGGAGGAGGCGGCGGAUCCGCUGGAGGUGGAGGAGGCGGCAGCGGGGGCGGCAGCGGCAACGGCGGCGGACCAUUGAACAAUGGCAACAGCUACCGCUCCCAAUCGCCGGACAUAGAUUCGCCAUCCUCCCGUUCGCAUGAUCUGCGCGAUCGCAGCGAUCAUCGGGGCGGCGGCGGAGGUGGUGGCGGCGGUAAUGGGCGUGGCGGCAGCGGCGAGCGGUACAGCUUCAUACAGAAGAUGCGGGACCGAGAUCGGGAUGUCUACAAGAAGGAUAAAUAUUCAGACAAACGUGAUCGACGUGGCAACGAUCGCGACUCGGAGUCGUCGUACCGCACCAACCAUGACAGGGAUCGGCGUGGCGGUGGCGGAGGAGGCGGAGGUGGUGGCGGAGGAGGCGGCGGCGGUGGCGGUGGAGGAGGCAACGCCAGCAGCAAGCUCUGCUCCUCGCGGGAAAACGACAAACGCUCGGGGUCCGACGAUCGCGAUCGGGAACGGGAUCGAGAUAUGCGCGACCUGCGCGACAAGCGGGAUCGCGGCUCCGAUCGCGACAGAGACAUGUACAAGAAGGACAAAUAUGCAGACAAACGCGAGCGCAGUGAUCGCGGUGAGCGGACAGCUCGUUAUGGGGACUGGAGCGAGCAUGUCAGCUCAUCGGGAAAAAUGUAUUACUACAACUGCAAAACGGAAAUCUCUCAGUGGGAGAAACCAAAGGAAUGGGUGGACAGAGAAAGAAAUUUGCCGCGUGAUCAGCAUCGUGAGAAGGACUAUCGCGAUAAAGAUCGCGAUCGCGACCGCGAUGAUCGUUUCUCCAGAUCGACAUACAAACAUUCCAAUUCUUCGCGCGACAAUUCACGACUGAGAUGGAAUUACGACAACGAUGGCGGCCCGCCCAGCCAUCGUAGGCGUUUGGAUGGUCGUCACAACGACAAUGCUGACAUGGACAUAAGUGGCGACUCUACGCCUACCUCGGAGGCCAGCUACUCGCUGAGCGGCACGCCCACCACCCACAGCGGCGGACCGGGCGGAGGCGUUCCUGGUGGCGGCGGUGGCGGUAGUGAUCAGCCAAUGGGCAACGCCCUGCCCCGUUUGGCCUCCCAUCCGAAUGCCAACUCAUCCGUUUCGGCGGCGACGGGCGCAGGAGCGGCGGCGGGACUUCACUACGGCAGCGGAGCGGGCGGUGGCGGAGGCCCGGUGACGGGCGCCACAAUGCUGCCCACCAGUGGACUGUCGUCGUCGGGAAUGGUGAACAGCAACAGUGCCGGCGGCGGCAGCAACAACGCCAGCAGCAGCAGCCUAAGGAACUCCGCUGUCGGCCACAUUGGCUCCACAUCUGGUACAACUGUGCCCACACUGGGAAGUCAGGAUCCGCACCAGCACCAGCACCAACACCAGCACCAUCUGAACUCGAAUGCUCCACUGCCACCGGGUGCCAAGGGCAAGGAUCAGGCGCUGCUCAUGCGCCAGAAGAUGCACCUGGGCCUGGGCGUCCUGGAUGUGCAAUCGCAUCACGGCGUCAACUCGGUUGGCUCGGCGGCAGACGGGUCGGUUAAUCAUGCCUACAACUCGGUAAACAACUCGGUCUCCGGCAGCAGUCUAAGCAGCUUACGAGACAACAGUGUCAACUCGCCGCUGUACAUGCCGCAUCCACACCACAGCCUCUCACCGUCGUUGAGCUACACCAAGAGUCCCAUCCCGACGAUUGUGGGCCACACGAACAACGUGAGCAACGCCUACACCUGCAAUCCACCCUUCGGCCUCAAGACGACCCUCGACGGCGGAGUGGGUGUGCUGGUGGCAAACGCCUCACCGGCCACGCCCGGCGGCAAUGCCUCCUCCGGCUCCAGUGGAGCGAAUAGCAGCCAAAGCAUCGUGCCCGGCCUGGGCGCCGUCAGCGGAAUCAGUGUGAUCACCUCGAUGGGCAGCAACAGCGGGGCGGCGGCGGGUGGCGAGGGCCCGCCCACGCCCACACAGGAACUGGACUUGAGCGGCUCGGCGCUGGAGCAGCAACAGUUGGCCGCCGCAGCGGCAGCAGCCAGCCUUCAGCUGCAGGCGGCGCAGCAGGCCCAGCAGCAGCGUAAAUUGGAUGGCACCUCGUCGGCCACGCUAAGCUCGCUGCAGAGCUGCGUGGGAUCCUCGGGGCAGGCGGCCAACUUACGCGGCCCCGAGAUUUCACCGAAGCUGGCGAAAUACUUCCGUGCCGACCUGAUUGCGCAUGUGACCAACUGGCAGGCGGAGGUGCUGGAGCGUCAGGCGCAGAAGUGCUGUGAGGAUACGCACCUGUUUGGCGACAUCACCUGUACGAGGAUAUGCGCGGAAUUGAAGUGCGCCCGCAGCCUGGUGCGCAGCACCGAAAUCAAUGCCACCCUGCAGGAACAAAAAAUCAUGUAUUUGCGUCAGCAGAUCCGCCGCAUUGAGGAGUCGAAGACUCAGAACGCGUUCAUGUCGGACGAUACUUAGGAUCAGGAGCAGGUUAGGCUGCGCGUACAUCGCAAGCUGUCCGUCAGGCUCAAAAAGAGCUUCUUUUGGCGCAGCUGAUGAAGAUUGCGAUGAUGAUUGGUCCAUUGUGGCCGCCGCCAGCAGCUAGCCUUUGUCCUCGUUUCGCAUGCCCGGAUUAACCCGUAUUUGUGGGCGUCUGGGAAUGAUUUAGAUGAUGACGACGACUGGCGGGGGCCCACGACAAUGACUGAGAAACCGCGUGCAUCCUGCUCCAUCCUCCUACUUCUCUCCACUGGGCGACGCAUCUCUCCCCACCACCACCACCACCACCAGCCCGCGAUUCACUUGUGUUCGGAUCGAGUUCCAGUCGCCAACCGAGUAUAUGGUGGCAGUGUAUAACUGGUUAAGCGGACUAAAUGGACUUGGCACAAGACAAAUCAGGAUAAAUCAACCAACAGCUGCGACAAGAACUCCAACAAGAAACACAAAAAAACUAAAACAUAAUUUAUAAUUAGCAAAGCGUAAAUUAAAAACAAACGUAAACUUAAAUAAGCAUGAAGCAAGGCGGAGAAAAAUGCCGGAGAAAUAGCCACAAACAAACACACCACUCAAAGAUAACUACAAAAGGAGAAUAGAGCCGUCAGACACCUAUCAAGAUCAAGAAGCAAUAUGGAUAAAGCCUAGUAACGAAUCGAAUCGAAAAACAAAAACAAAAACAAAGCAAAAAACAAAACAAAAGAUAAA